AUGUCUACAGCAAGCACCACAACGACGGGCAAUGAGUCGCCCCUUGACGACGAUGCCUCUCACCGUGCAGACCAUCUCCUCGACCGUCGCCGUCAGCUGACCGACGCGCUGACCAAUCUCCCCUACGACCUGAUUCUCUAUCUUGAGCGCGCCGUCGUUCACUCGGAGCUGGCGUACCCCGACCUCGCCGCCGGUGACGCCUACCGUGCUCUACUUCUGACCGACGAGGUCCUCAACGAGGGCUUCGAGUACCACGACCAAGCCGUCGAAAGUCUCCAGUCACGCCCUCUCGACCCUCUGCCCCUAGUCUUAGACCACGGCCACCUGCUGAAGAUCGGAAGCGACUACGUCGAAGACGAGCCAAAGAACCAGGCUGGCCUGGUGGCGCAGGUCGCCAAGCUAUCCUCCAUACGCGCCUUCCAGAUCCUGUCCCUCAGCCUGCUGCUGUGUGGCUGUCUGAAGAGCGCCUAUGAGUUUUGCGAGCGAGGCUUGGCCCUGGCUCCUGACAACGACGAGCUGCUCCAGACCAUGGGCUAUAUCAAGGACAUGGCCCGCCGGAGACUUCGCAGGAAAGACUUCAACCCCAACGUCCUGCCGGAAUGGGGGCUUGUCCGGAGGGAGGUUUACCCCUGGAACUCGUACGAACCGGACCGCUUCGCACCCGAGUCUCUCGACUUCCUGAACUCGGAACUGGCCAAGUUUGCGCCCAAAUGCGUCGUCCAGGCGUCCGAGCUACCCGUUCUGCUCGAGGCAGCCAGCGACACAGAUGACUACGACAUCAUACCCACUUGCAAGCAGCUGGGCCUUUUCGUUAAGGAUGAUGUCGCGCCGGGGGAGACCGUCUUGGACGAGUACUCGCUCCUGACGGCCAACAACCGCCUCAAGGAGCCCGUCUGCGACGCGUGCAGUUCCAAUUUGCCGCCCUUGGGCACUGAGCCCGCCGCUGUCAACUGCGAUGAGUGCUACGAUACCGUCUUUUGCAGUCAAAAGUGCCACGACCUGGCGCAGGAAACCUAUCAUCCUGCCGUCUGCGACAAGGACGUUGACGCCAUUGCCAAGGACCCCGACGCCUCAGAAGCGGACGAGACCUUGCACCUGUUGCUGCUCGCCCGCGUCCUGGCCAUGUCUAACCAUCAGGAGAUUCACCCCCUGGAUGUUAUGCAGAUGAAGUACAUCUGGGGCGACUUCGUGCCCUCGGCAUCCAACGACAUCGAGAUCACACCCUCUGCGAACCCGCCACCGGAAUGGACAUUGCCCUUCUCAUUUAAGUACAACGUUGAGACGCCCCUGCACAUCCUCGAGAAGAUGGAUGUGGACAUCUACACCACACUCGACAAGCAUGACUUGUGGGUCCUUAAUACCCUCUACAGCAAAUUCCGCGGCACGGCGUCGGCGCGCAAGAACCCUCGAGACGGCCGGCCAGACGUUGCGGCGGUACAUCCUUUUUGGUGUCUUGCCAACCACGACUGCAACCCGAACGUUACAUGGGAGUGGGGUGGACGAAUGUUGCUCUGGGCACGGAAAGAGAAGAUCGUGGGCAACGUCCCGGGAGGACUCAAGGCCGGGGACGAGGUGCUAAACCAUUACUGCGACAUCUCGCUUCCAGUCGAACAGAGAAGAGAAUGGGCCAAGGGAAGUCUCGGUGGAUGGUGCAUGUGUCAACGCUGCCGAGACGAAGCUGCUGCCGCCGCCGCCGGCGAUCGUGCUGCUGGCGACGGUACUGCUGGCGACGACCACGUUGCCUGA